AUGGCAACAACAAAGUGCACCACUGAUGAUCCUCAGCCUAGAAGACAGCAAGAUCUCCAGGAGAUGCUGACAGAAGUGGGGUUGUCUGUUGACUACUGGCUGCCUAAACUUCAGGAAGACCUGGGUGUGAACUGUACCCAGGCCUUACAGCACUUAGAAGAAAGAGAUCUCCAGAAGCUCAAGUCCCAGACACAACACACAUGGGAGAAAAAGGCUCUGGAGAAGCUGCUUGACCUCUCACAGCCAAAGAGUGUUGCAGAGUUCCAGGAGACUCCAGGGGAGAUGAUAAGGAACAGGCAGAGGCAGGCAGGACAGGCAUUGCAGUCAGAAGGGAAGAACAGACAGGAAGAGGCAGUGAGGAGGAAAGAAGCAGAGCUGAGACAAGCAAUGGAGAUCCCUGAAAAGUGCUGGCCAGGGCCUGAGGUGCCCCUGAAAGAUGUCACUGGAACAAUGGAGAGACACCUUAGUCAAAAGGAACAGACACUGGCAAAUAGUCAAAACUUCUCAGAUAGAGACCUGCUAAGAUUCACAUCUGAUGGGCUGGCCCUGCAGGGAAUUUAUAAGACUUGCCACCAAAAGGACCUAGUAAUAAGGAGAGAAGAGCUACUAAAGGUCCCCAAGGAAUUCUUCCUCUCUGGAUCUGAGCAAGGAAAACGGAUGGAAACAAAAGAAUUCACGUCUUCUACAGAAGAAUCCCUAUUCACUGAAACUGUACAAAAGUUCGGUUUCAGGUUAACACUGUCAGCCAAGGGUGGAGGCUGGGGAUUUCAUUUAGAAGGUGGGAUGGAUAAAGUCAAGCAUUCAAAAUCUGAAGAUGCUCACCAAUCACAUUCUAAGCACCCUUAUUUCUGCUCAUCAAUGUUCAGCUACAACCCACUAGCCUCCAUCCACUUUCGCAAUGAUCAGCUCCAGCUCUCCACUGCUGCUCUUAAGGAACUGAAAAUCAUUGAAGAAGAGCUGGAACACACUGAUGGACCAGACAGAUUCCUUGAAGUGAGGAACAGGACUGAAAACUUCUUCAACAGAUUUGGCUCUCAUGCUAAUCAAGGCCCUCUGCACCUUGGGGGAAUAUACUGCUGGAAGGCUGUUUCAGAAGGUUUUGAGAGUGACCAGCUAGAUUGUGUGAAGCAGCAGACAGCAGAGGCCUUGGAGAGUUACAUAAGUGGGAGCUACAGUGGGUUUGGGAUUAAAGUUGGUGGAGGUAAUACAAUAUCAGAAUCACAUUCAGUAAGAUCCUACAAUAGUUCAACUAAUCCACAGCUCCAAAUUAAAGUCCAAUUGUCUGUGGCCCAGAUAGGUGGACCACCAGAAGCAAAUGGAAUUGUUCAGUGGACAACUGGCCUUCUUGCCAGCAACAAAACCUGGUCUGUCAUUGACCGAGAACUUCAGCUAGUGCCCAUUUGGGACAUCAUCCUAUCUAACCACAGAAGCAAUUUUAAGGAUCCCUUUCUGGUGGCUAAUUGCCUGGCAGACAACUACUCUGCUCUAACUGGCCUUGCUGCCCAAAUCCAGGCUGGAGAAGAGUUGCUGAGCUCCAUAAAGGAAGCAGAACAUUUCCUGGAUGAUGUGAAAUCUUGGAAGGUCUCUGACCAUGAAGAACAGCUUAAGAACCUGAUGGGUUUCAUGCAAGCACUGGCUCACAAAACAAAAGGUUAUGAUGUUUGGAUUAAUACAUGCCUCACAAAUUGGCAUCUACAGAAUUUUCUCACAAGAACUGUCAACUUUUGCAAAAACUCUUCUACUAAAAAAACUCAGUUUAUUAAAUCUCAGUUCUGCAGCCUUCUAGAACCUCAUGUUUACAAAGUGAAAAACUUUCCUCAGGCAAGUUCAAUCAUGCAGUGGAUCUACCAGGAAGAUUCAGAAGAACAGCAAGUCAAAAUCACUGAAUUGUCUGAAUUCUUUAAAAAUUUAAAAGAAAUCCAAAAAACUCUCACAGAAGCACACAUCAAAUCUGAGUCACCAGAAACAGUGGAAGAGGCUCAAAGAAAGGCUACACAUGAUGUCACCACAGUUCUUGAUGCCUUCUUGAACUAUCUCAAAGAAACAGAGCAGCCAGACAUGCAGCUGCUGCUACUCUCCAUUGCAGCUGGUGCAGGCUAUCAGCUGGAAAGAAAUGUUUUCCAGCCACUCCUUGGGUGUGCUGAGUUAAACUUCCUCCUGGAUGAAAUACAGAUUGUUCAACACAGAUAUCAGGAGCUCAAAACUAUCUGCACUGACAGGGCACAGGCAUUCCUGGUGCUCAAAACUCUGACAACCACAGUUGGAGUCUCAGCCAUUUCUCCAAAAGAAAAAGCACAGCGCUUGACAUUAACAAGACAGCACAUACAGCACUUAUUGUCUAUUAAAGUUGUACAUGUCCUCACAAAAUUUGAAACAGGUCAUGAUUGGGAGAAUCUAGAGAAAAAUUUGAGAUUACUCAUUGAUGGGAACUAUGAAGACACCAGCUCUUCUUUGCAGAUGGAUGAGGUGAAAAAACAGUUGCAAAGUCUCCUGAGUAAAAAGAAAGAAACUUAUGAACAAAAAAAUAAUGAAAACAAUGAAAAAGAGGGGAUAGAAAAAGGACCUUUCCUAGACUUACUCCAGCGUCUAGGUCUAGAACAUCACUACCCAAAAAGGAUGAGCAGAGCUGACUUUCAUCAGAUCUAUAAGACUUCUGUAUACAAUACACAGCCAAGAUCUGAACAGGAACUUCCCUUUUAUUUCCUACAAAAGCUACUGAUGCUAGAUUGUGGGUUCAGACAUCUGGUCUUCAAAGAGGCUGAAAAGGCAGAAACACAAGAUUCUGCAGGUCCCUCCAACCAGGAAAUUGUUGAUCCAUAUGAAGAGUUGUUCGAUGGCAGGGAUGAAGACACUACUUCUUUGGUCACUGAGUCCCAGCCCCACAUUCACCCAAUGGACAUCCAGAUGGCCAUUUUUCACUGUGCAGAUGAUCUUGCCAGGCAGUAUAUUCUGUCCAAACUUUCCAUUUGUCAAUUUGCAAUCCCCCUUGUGGUGCCAAGUCCCAACACUUCUCAGAUUGAGUUCUCUCUCUGGUCUCUCAGACAAAUUAGGAGAAGUUGGCAAGAGGCAAGUCAAUCACAACAGGACAAAAGCUACAGUCACAAGAGACAGCAGAUGUGCCGUGUCUCUACCCCCAUUGUGUCUUUCUUUAGAGUUGGAAGUGGUCUUUCUGCUUCCAAAUCUCAGCUUAUGAACUCUCUCCUCAGUAGACAUAAACAUGAUGUGUUUUUUCACAGACACUGCAGAGGAAGCAGCAAACACUGUCUCCUGAUGGAGGGAGUGGUAGAGAUCUGCUGGUUUUGUCCUGGGGGCCAAGGUGAGGACAUAUUUGACAAGUGUGUGGCCUUCACCAAUCUUCAUGGAGAUGCCAAGGAACAUAUACAACAACUCAGCUUCCUGCAGGAUGUCUCUUCUCUCAUGGUGAUUCUCAUGUCAGCCUCUGAUAACAAUAAAGAAAACCAAAAUCUUGUCAGACACCUGUGGCAGUCAUCAAAACCUCUGAUCUGUUUGAUUGAUGACAAAGAAAAAUUCAUGACUAAUAAUUCCAGCAGAAGGGUGAGAAUUGGCAUUAGGAAUAGAAAUGAGGCAGAAUUAACAGAAGAACUCAUGACUACCAUCCAACAUUUAAUAGAAAUCUCUGGCACUGCUCUGAGCACAGAAGACUGUUCAGAGAUCGCUCGAAAGCAAGGAUUCAUGAUUGAUGAAGACCAGAAAGAAUUGAAGGAAGCCAAAGAAAAAGCACAGAGAAAUAGGGAACUGCUGGAGCAAUACAAGUUAUCUAAGAUAAAAGAAAACCUGCUGCCCCUUCAGGGACAACUGUGGCACCGUUGGUGUAAGAAGGACAAAGAACUCUAUCACCUACAAGAUAAAGGGCAUCGGAGCAUUGAACAACACAAGAGUGAAAUUGAAAUAGAAAAGCAAAAAAUACGAAGGCAGCAGUUUGAAAAGGCCUUCCCUCUCAAUGAUUUAAUGCAGUCUGUCCUAAAAAUUCUCCAAGAAGACUCAGAAAAUGACUUCAAACUCUACUACUUAUACUGGUUAAGUGUGGUUUUAGAAAAUCUAACCAUGGAACACUUGGAGACUUUACAAGUAAAGCAACAAAUUUUGUGGUUACAGGCAGAAAAGCAAAAGGAACAGAAGAGCAGCUCCCUGACACUCUGGCAGAAGCAGAUAGAAGCCAUCUCUACUGAGAUUCUUAACUGCACUUUAGGAACUGAGCACCUUCUCCGAGAAGUUGCCCAGAUCUAUGAAGCUCUGGAAGAAAUUUCCUCCUCUAGAAAUAGCCUUUUUCUCUGCCUCCCCCAAAUUGCUGCAGACCUGAUAAUAGCUGGUGUUCCCAUUGAGCUGAUGGAUGGGGAUGCUUCUUAUGUGCCUCUAAAGUGGGUGGCAGCUGUUUUUGACAAGAUCUCAGAGAAAAUUGGAGACAAAAGGCUGUUUGUUCUCUCUGUCCUUGGCCUGAAAAGCUCAGGGAAAUCCACUCUACUGAAUGCACUCUUUGGUUUAGAGUUCACAGUCAGUGCAGGCAGGUGUACCAAGGGGGCCUACAUGCAGCUACUGGAGAUAGAUGAGAAAUUCACAGAAGAACUCUGCUUUGAUUUUGUGCUUGUUGUAGACACAGAAGGACUUCGGGCUCCAGAGCUCAACAACAAAUCCCACAAUUGGAACAAUGAGUUGGCAACAUUUGUCACUGGCCUUGCAAACUUGACUCUGAUCAAUAUUUUUGGAGAGAAUCCAUCAGAGAUGCAGGAUAUCCUGCAAAUUGUCGUCCAGGCCUUUCUGAGAAUGAAACAAGUGAAAAUCUCCCCCAGUUGCAUCUUUGUCCAUCAGAAUGUGGGAGAAAUUUCAGCAAAAUCCCAAACUAUGGAAGGACGAAGGAGACUGGAGCAGAGACUGGAUGAAAUGACAGCAUUAGCUGCUGAACAGGAAGAGUGCUCCAACAUAACUCGCUUCAGUGAUGUAAUUAAAUUUGAUGUCAAUAAUCAUGUCUACUAUUUUGCUCAUCUCUGGGAUGGCAAUCCCCCAAUGGCCCCUCCCAAUCCUCGAUAUAGCCAUAAUGUCCAGGAACUGAAGGCUGGGAUUCUUAAGAUUGCCCAGCAGGAAUCCAGGGGAAAGAUCAUGAAGAUCUCAGAUGUAAAAUUCCGAGUUCAAGAUUUGUGGAAAGCCCUGGUCAGUGAGAACUUCAUUUUCAGUUUCAGGAACACACAAGAGAUCAUAGCCAUGAGUAAACUGGAAACCAUGUAUAAUCACUGGACCUGGGAGCUGAGGAGUUAUGUGCUAGACCUUCAGAAUCAGCUGAACAAUCAGAUUCAGAAUGGGAAAAUCUUGACACUCACAACUAAUGCACUGGAAGCUCCAGUUAAAAACAAAUAUGAAACCAUCAAGCAAGAUUUUGACAAGUAUUUUGAAGAAGACCCAGAUAGUGAAACAUUGAUUCAAUGGAAAGCAAAUUUUGAGCAUAAGCUACUAAUCCUUAAAGAUGCUCUUAUUUCAGACACCAGAACAAAAGGCAAUGAACUUAUCAGUCUUAAAAAAAGCCAAGAAACACUACAUAACAAAAAGUCACAAUAUGAAAAUGAAUUGUUAGAGAAAAGCCGAAUGUUGGCUUUAAGUGUGAAGGGCAAAGAAUUAAGUGAUGAAGAGUUGCGUGAGAAAUUUAAUCAAGUUUGGACAAGUUGGAUCUACAAUGUGUCUUCUACUGUACCUCAUGUCACAGAGCCUGACACUGAUAGGGAUGCUGAAAGCAUUUUUCUAUGGCAUUUCAAAAAGGAAAUAAAUAUUGCAGAAAGACUUAAAAAAGAGAAUGGAGCAAUGUUUGUCAUCAAUUAUGACAAGCAUGUCCAAAUGAAAAAAAAAUUUCUUGCAUUUUCCCGGAGUUUAGAAUCCUAUCAUAAAGAAUCCAUUAAUAAAAUUACUAAUAACAUUGAUUUAAGAUUUAAUGAAACAAUUAAAAACAUUUGGAAGCAAAAGCGUGAUUACAGUCAGAGUGAUUUUCAUAAAAUCCUGUGGAUAAUAGAAGAAGAACUGAAAUCUGUAUCUCCUCAGGAAGAUUACACAUUCACCAGAGACUACACCAUUGACUUAUCCUUGUGCUUAUUCAAAAGAGCAUCUAAGAGUUUCAAGGAAAUUCACAAAGCAUUCAAGAGAGCAAAUGAUCCUGUAAACUAUCUGGAGAGCAAGAAAAAUGAUUUCUUCAUGAGUUUUAAGAUCUCCUGCCAAGGCGCCACCUCUAUCACAUCCUUUGUUGACUUCCUGUGGCUCAAGCUCACUCCUGCUAUCUCUGCCACUAUAUGGGGCAAAAUGAGUACUAAAGUAGCUGGGGAUAUGAGAGCCACCUGCCAUGCAUUCAAUGGAAACAGGGCUAACCUGGAGAAACAUGUUCUCAUUUCUCUGGCUGAAGAAGAAAACUUUGAUAAGUAUUGGCAAUACAUUCAUCAUCCAGAAUCCUUCUUCAGAAAUUACAUUAGUGACCACAUUAGAAGAUACUGUUCAGAAAAAGAAGAUGAAAAAGUAAAAACUUUUUUAACAAUAAGUUUAGGGGACAUCAAGCAUGCCAUCCUCACUGCCAUUCAUAAGACCACAGAAGUAGCUAAGGAUAAAGGAAGCACUGUUUCUGCCUGGUUGGAUUUGUUCUGUGAUCACCUAGGAAGCAACCUGAUCUUUCCAAGAAGAGACCUGAUGAGCAUCGAGCACCAGGAGAUAAAGGAUAUGGAGUUUCUCAAAGAAGCCAUGAGUGCAGCUUUGGAUCCUGCAAUGAAGAAGGUAGAAGAGGACUGCUCAAGUAAACCCAUAGAUGAAAUGGUUCCUGACGUUGAGAAACUUCUCUCUGAACAUCUCUGUGGCUGCUGGAAACAGUGUCCUUUUUGUAAAGCAAUUUGUACCAACACCAUUCCCCAACACGAAGGAGACCACAGUGUGCCAUUCCACCGUCCUCAGGCUGUCAGGGGAUGGAAAUGGUACAAAACAAACCACUUUGUCAUUGACUGCUGUACUAGUUCAGUCGCAAGUGAUUGUUUCUUUGUGUUAAGUGAUGACAAAAAAUUCCCAUACAAGAAAUAUCGAGAAGCAGGAGGUGAGUAUGCCACUUGGAGCAUCACCCCAGAUUCAUCUACCCAGCCAUAUUGGAAAUGGUUUGUCUGUCACUUCAGGUUAAAGCUCGAAGAGAAAUAUGGAAAAAAAUUUACAAAUAAAGGAGCUAUUCCAGAUUCAUGGACCAUAAUCACAAAGCAAGAAGUACUUGAUGACUUGAAAAAAUAACAAUUGCCACAAAUAGAAUACUAAC